AUGUCCUCUCAAUACCGUGCCCUGUUCGAAACUCCAGGCUGGAAUCUUGGGGAUGUAGUUGCCGAAAAGAGUAAAUCUAAGAAAUCACGUAAAAGAGAGAGGCGUAUGUUAGAGACCGUUGAAAAAAUCAAGAGUAGCAUCGAAACUGGAAAGAAACGCAUAGACGCAAGAAAGGGAGGCGGGAACGAGGCCGAGCGAAGGCCAAACAAAAAAUUGAGAAAGAAUAAUGAGAAGGGCGUUGCAGAAAAACAUAACAAGGACUCCAUCAAAGAUAACGGUAAAAGUGAGACCAGUGAAUCAAAGAAACCUCACGAUGACGAAAGACAGUUAUCGGAAGAAGUUGAAAAAAUUGUAAAUAGUUUUAAAGGGUUGAAAAACAGUAAAAAUCGCAUAGGGACAGGAGGCGAUAGUGAGAUUGAGGCCGGACAAAGAGAAAAUAAAAAAUCGAGGAAAAUGAAUAAAAAAGGUGCUGUAGAAAAGGGACAAAAAACAGGAAACGAUGAUGGUUCAAGUAACAAGAUACGGAAAGACAAAACACCCAACCAGGAAUUAUUCAAUGGGUCGGAUGUCAACCUUCAAAAGCACCAUAAUAUAUCAACUACUCAACAAGCGUCUUCAGCUGUAUCUGCAGGCACUUCAAACAUACGAUCCAACUCAUAUGCUGCUAAUUCAAAGAAAUCUCUAACAACCUCACGCUUUCGCUGGAUAAACGAAAAGUUAUACACGUCAACUAGUGCAACAGCAUAUGAACUGUUUGCGUCGAAUCCAUCACUGUUCGCCGAGUAUCACGAGGGAUUCCGAUCAGCUGUGGAGGCAUGGCCGGUAAAUCCUGUCGAUGUAAUGAUUCAGUAUUUGCAAAGCAAACCAGAAGGUACUGUUGUAGCAGAUUUAGGAUGCGGAGAAGGAAAGAUAGCGGAAAAUGUUCAAUGUAAAGUCGUGUCAUUUGAUUUGAGCGGUGGGGAUAGGAUUGUCAAGUGCGAUAUCGGUAAGCUACCAAUGCCCGAUGAGCUUUUCGAUAUAGCAAUAUUCUGUUUGUCGCUUAUGGGAACGAAUUAUAUCGAUUUUAUCAGAGAAGCUUAUCGAAUAUUAAAAAAAGAUGGGGAACUAAAAAUCGCAGAAGUGAUUAGUCGUUUUACGGAUGUCGAUGCAUUUAUUGCAUUACUAAAUGAAGUCGGAUUUAGACUAGUAAAAAAGGUCUCGCAGAAAUACUCUUCUUCACAGUCACCAUACUCUUCCAAUGGAAAAGGCCGGCAACUGAUUUCCAACGAGGAGCAUUUCUAUGGGCCCAAAAGGAGAGAGAACAUGUGA